CCCAGCUGUCAAGCCAGGGUGAAGGAUCCGCGGCCAGGCAGAGGUCUGUGGAGUGGAGAGGCGAGGACUCACGGUGGAACUCUGAGAUGUAAAUUCCACAAAUUGGCUCACAAAGGUGGGGUACGAACACGCUGGCCCACAUUGGGCAAGAAUGGCACCACCUCCCAGGCACUGUCUCCUUCUGAUCAGCGCUCUGGGCGUCUUUGCACUAAACCUCGUCACCAAAGGUCAGAAGAACAGCACGCUCAUCUUCACAAAGGAAAACACCAUUCGGAACUGCAGCUGCUCUGCAGACAUCCGGGAUUGUGACUACAGUUUGGCCAACCUGAUGUGCAGCUGUAAAACCGUCCUGCCCCUCACCGUGGAGCGAACCAGCUACAAUGGCCAUCUGACCAUCUGGUUCACAGACACAUCUGCGCUGGGCCGCCUGCUGAAUUUCACUCUGGUCCAAGACCUGAAGCUUUCCUUGUGCAGUACCAACACUCUCCCCACUGAGUACCUGGCUAUUUGUGGUCUGAAGAGGCUGCGCAUCAACAUGGAGGCCAAGCAUCCCUUCCCAGAGCAGAGCUUAUUCAUCCACAGCAGCGGGGACGGUGACUCCACAGAGAAGCCCAUGUGGUUACACAAAGGCUGGCAGCCAUGUAUGUACAUUUCAUUCUUAGAUAUGGCUCUUUUCAACAGGGACUCGUCCCUAAAAUCAUAUAGUAUUGAAAAUGUUACCAGCAUUGCCAACAACUUUCCUGAUUUUUCUUACUUUAAUACGUUCCCAAUGCCAAGCAACAAAAGCUAUGUUGUCACGUUUAUUUACUAACAUAGUAACUGUCCAGCCACCUCUAACUUUGGCAAACAAUGGAUAAUCUGCAGAAGGAAUCUGGAAAUAAGGCCAUGAGAUAGGUAUGGCUAGCCACAGCUGCGCCUCUCUCCGCUGGCUCCAUGCAAAACAAAAGAAAAAGAAACCAAAACACCAACGUGAUUCUGUCCAGGGACAGGUCUUGAGAGCCAGCUAGGCUACAUCUCCACAACUAGGAGCCUGCAGGAAAAUGUCCCAUCAGAAAUGGAGAAAGCAAUACACCCUAGAGACUGCUGAGCGGAGCUCCACCUGGGAGGGGACCACCAAGAAACAUAUAUUCUUUCAAAAUACUGCCUUAAAUGUUUUUCUGUUUCAUUUCGUGACAUUGCUUGGCAUUACCCUAAGUAGAAAAUAAUCAGUUUCAGAGGUUUGGGGACUAUGAGUUUCAUAAAACGAUUAGGUUCUCUGAAACUGAUCUUUUCUGAAUAACUUGCUAAGAACAGAUGCAUUGGAAAAUCGGAGUUUGGAGACUGCAUUUGCUGGGGUGGAGGUAACACAGGCAUGGAUAGGGUGGGACCUGAGGACCCAGUGAGGGGACCAGGGUUCCAGCAAGAGGGAUGCAGAAGUGAAAACUGGAGGACACAAAACGUAUUUGCAUCUAUCUCAAAAUUUUGCUUAGAGCAUGGCCUAACCGAGAGGAAAGUUCUUCACUUCCAGCCUUUCACACUCCUUUCCUUAUCUUUCUCUGCGUCAUCUGUCUUUGCCCCUGCUAUACCACUUCCCCUAUUUCUUUUCUCAUUUUCACCUUCUUUCUCCUUCUCCUUCUCCUUUUCCUCUUGCUCCAAAAAUCGGAACUUAGAUGAAUACCGUUAACCACAUUAGGGGCUAGCCUGGGAAUCUACUGACCACUUACAACAUUAUUUCUACUGAUAACAGUGCUCAAAUUAUUAACAGAUAAUUAAAAAAACUUUUAAGUAUCAGUUCAUUUGUUUAAGAUCGCAAAGUGAAGACAUUUUAUAUGACAUGGUUAACACAAAAUGUUUUUAUGUGUGCUGAUAAAAGGAACCAAAGCAACAUACUGUUUAAAAAAUUAAAUGGAAUCAUUAUUGUACCAAGAAAAUUUUCACUCAUAGAGACCCAACUUGACAUUAAAGUGGACUAUAAAGAAUCCAUGGCAGGCUGGGCGCAGUGGCUCACGUC